CCCAUGAGAACUUUUAACCAGAAUGCUCUGGAAAGCUUGUUCACAAAGUUUGAGCAAGAUUGACCGGGGACUGAUUUUCGUAAGGUGGACGCCGGAGGUUUGAACCUAGAAAACAUAGAAGUUUGCGACCACACAAAACCUGGAGUCAUAAAAUACCUGAAAUACGAAAAAGUAAACAGAACUACGAAAGCAAUGUCCGUCAAAAUGGUACUGACGAGACCUAUUGAUCAGAGUGUUGGGCUGAAAAUAGAAGCUGAAAAGUGGGGCUCCUCAGGAUGGACGAAAGUUCCGUAUUUGCCUAUAAUACCGGAUGCUUGUAACACGAUGAAGCGAUUCUACAGUCAGUAUAUGAUAGAUUUUUGGAGGACAGUCGGUGUAAAGAAUCCUGACAAAUGCCCUAUUCCACCGGGUGACUACAUCCUGAAGAAUUACACCUUCGCGAGUAAUCCCCAAACAGAACAGACGGCAGUACCUGUACACGGCAGAGUACGGCUCACAGUAUCACUUGUCGAUAUGACUACCAAAAUUCCCUUUUUGUGUACAAAUGUCUAUAUGCAGUCAUGAAAAACUUGACAAGCCUACCACUGCUACUAUAUUACAAAUUCUGUAU